GGCAACAACACAAAGCGCAACUACCAUGAACUUCACGAGCUUCCUCGGAAAAAUCAAGGACCAGGCAGAAGAAUUCAUCGAGCAGAACCCCGAGCAGGUGGAGAGCCUGAAGCACCAGGCGGUGGGCUUUGUCAAGACGGUGGUAGACAACGAGGCCGAAAAAGAAAAGGAGUCCAGCGGAAAGCCCCAGACCAAGGCAGACGAAACCAAGGCACAGAUUUUGGGUGUGCUGAAACCCAAGCUGGACGAGUUUACCGAAAGCUACAACGCGCCACCCCAAGAGGAAGAAACCAAGCCCCCUCCCGGAAAACCCUCGUACCUCAUCGGAAAGCCAAGCAACGACCAGGGGGAGGAGGCGCCCGCAAAACCAGCGCCCGCAAAACCAUCCUAUCUGAUCGGCAAACCGAAAAAGGACGACAACAAGGAAGAGGAGGUUGAAGAGGCGGCCCCCCCUUCGAAACCGGCGCCUGGCAAGCCCUCCUACUUGAUUGGCAAACCAAAAAAGGACGAGGAGGAGGAAGAACCGGCCGAGGCGGCUCCUCCACCAAAGCCAUCGAAGCCAGCGCACGGCAAGCCUUCCUAUCUGAUCAAGAAGAAAAAAGAUCCGGCGGAAGAGGAAGAAGCGGCCUACAACGAGGCCGUCCAGGGCAGCGAGUAGCAAGCAAGGGCUCGCGCAUUCUAUCCCUUGUGGUUCUCGACCGUCCCGAGGAUUCCCCCAUUGCCCCCCUGGUAUUUUGUCGUCGCAUCCAAGUCGUACGGUGCAUAGUUUGUGUCCAACAGCGCGACCACACGGUGCCUGGUCAACGCUGCUACAACGUGUGCAUCGUCCCAUAUGCUGCAUAAUUCAUA